CUCGCGGCAGUUUGAUGUUCGCAGCGUUUUCGUAGUUUCCGAACCUUCCCAGUGAUAACGAAUUCCCUUCACUAUCCACCGUUGCUCUACUAUGCCGUCUGACGAAACCGUUCUCGCUGAUCUGGGCUACAGACAAGAGUUCAAGAGAGACUUUUCUCGCUUCGAGCUCUUCGGACUGUCGUUCAGUAUAAUAGGCAUCGUCCAAUCGAUUGCGUCUAUACUUUCUUAUUCAAUCCCGUAUGGAGGUCCUGUCUCCAUGGUCUGGGGGUGGUUAAGCGGAUGCGCUUUUAUAAUCUGCAUCGCUCUCGCCAUGUCUGAACUUGGGUCGUCUGCGCCUACCUCCGGUGGUUUGUACUAUUGGACCUUCAAGUAUUCGUCCCCGCGUUACCGUAAAUUCUUUUCCUGGCUCAUUGGCUACGUAAACACGAUUGGAUAUAUAGCCGGUGUAGCUGGUGUGGACUACAGUUGCGCUGUAGCAAUAUUGACGGCGGCCACUCUAGGCUCGAACGAUACGUACUCCCCGACGACCGCUCAGAUAUAUGGAGUAUUUUGCGCCUUGCUAGUUUCUCAUGCGCUAUUGGCUAGUCUUGCGACAAAGGUUAUAGCUAGACUACAGAUCUUUUAUGUUUUGCUCAAUAUUGCCGUGGUCUUUGCCAUUGUAAUCGCUCUUCCAGCAGUUACACCUGGAGAACUCAAGAACGACACAAAAUAUGCGUUUGGUCACUUUGAAAAUCUUUCCGGAUAUCCCGACGGAUUUGCGUUCUUCAUGAGCUUCUUGGCGCCCCUUUGGACAAUAGGUGGUUUUGAUGCUCCCGUGCAUAUCUCUGAAGAAGCAAAGAACGCGCGCACUGCCGUACCGUUUGCGAUCAUGAGCGCCACUGUCCUUGGAUGCAUUCUUGGAUUUGCUGUUAAUAUCUGUUUGGUCUUAAAUAUGGGCACAGAUUUAGUAUCCAUCAUUUCAAGUCCCAUAGGACAGCCAAUGGCAACCAUUCUCUUCAAUAGUCUAGGGACCAGGGGCACAAUUGCAUUCUGGGGGUUCAUCAUCAUGUCCAUGUAUAUGGCAGUGAUGAACCUCCUCAUUUCAGCUUCCAGGCAAACCUUCGCAUUCUCCCGAGAUGGCGCUCUCCCCUUGUCGACAGUUUUGUAUACGAUAAAUUCUUACACAGGCACACCAACGAACUGUGUAUGUGUAUGUGCGUUUAUUGCCGCUCUAUUGGGCCUUCUAUCGUUUGCGGGUACGACAGCGAUCGGGGCCAUUUUCACUAUGGGUAUAGCAUGUCAAUAUGUCUGCUACUGUACUCCCGUCGUUGCCCGAUUCAUUGGAGGACAAUCCUUCACUCCUGGCCCAUUUAACCUUGGCAGAGCGAGUGGUCCUGUCGCCUUUUUUGCAUCGGCUUUCAUGAUAUUCAUGAUAGUUGUGUUGUGUUUCCCAACUACACCGGGACCGGCUGCUCAAGAUAUGAACUAUUCCAGUGUAGUUGUUGGAGGAACCAUCAUAAUGGCGUCGAUGUAUUACUUUGUUAGUGGACGGUUCUGGUUUGCUGGGCCUGUGGUAACCCUUCAAGACGAAUGCGCGGAGAAGCGUUCGAGUGUGGGAACUUCUAGCCAAAGCUCUAGAUGAAAGUCGGAGUCUCUCCUUUACUUCCUUAGCUAACUCGACCUGUCAGGAUCCUUCUAUGAAACCCUAGCACAAGCUAAACCGUGUAUUCUUUGUUGAACGUUUAGAUACUAUUGAGG